AUGGAGAAAAAACCAGAAGUGUCAAAAUAUUCUGCAAACACAAGAAUUGGUUAUUGGAAUGAAACACUGUCUAUGGAAGAUGAACAAUUAAAAUUAUUUUUGCGAAAACGAGAGCGCAACGAAUUACUUGUGCAGAGGUCAAGAGCAUUGUUCUGCAAUAUAUUAAAACAGAUCGAAUUAACCUGCAACGAAAAAGGCUUAAAAUAUGGCGAUGUAGUUCAAAUAGUUGCUCCUGAUAUGCCGAAUAGCGUUUCUUGCAAGGAUGGUAAUGGCUUAGCGCUUUCGGGAUUAGUGAAUGAAAGAGAAGUUGAUUAUGUACUAAAGUUAGCAAACGGAUGCCAAUUAACAAUGUCUCCUUGCCUUGUUCCUUGCGUACGGAAUUCAUUUAUAAUAACCAGUCCCGACGAUACUGAAAAGGUGGGAGAACCACUACUUUAUGGUGAUGAUUUUGCUUUGCAAUGCUAUGAAUCUCACAAAGACAUUCCGUUGUUUGUUCAAUCUCCUUUGCUAACUGUUACCGGUACAAGAGGUCCAAAAGAACAUCAGCCUCUAUCACUAACCUGCACGAAAGAUAGAUAUUGCCGAUGGAAAGCCUUAGCAGGGGAUCAUCACAUCCGGUUUGAAACUGAAGGAAUGCCGGUACCGGCUAAUACGCGACUUGUUAUAAAUCAUUCGAGUUCGAACAAAAACUUAGCUGUUGAAUUCGGUGCUUGGUGGCUCACAUUUUUUGGACCAGAAUGUGGUGUUUCGGCGCAUAAUUACCGAGAUAUUUUUAAAAGAGAAUGUGCAGAAAACUGUUUCAUAAUUCAUACGUCUACCUCGGAGUCUCCUCAAGCCUGA